AUCCCACUGCUUACUCUCGAGAGACUAUUCCACUAAGUAAAAGAGAAGAGAGAAAAGGAGACUCGCUUCAAGUCAAGUAUUUAUCUUUUUUUUUUUUUUUUUUUUCUAAAAUUUGGGUAUUCAUCUUAUUUUAAGACUGGUCUUUUCGUGCGGUUAUGAACGUGGCAGUUAUAGGAUUAGUCGGACUGAGAAAAAUGGGGAGGAAGACGUGGGUCGACGGCGACGGGAUGAAGAAAGGAGAGUGGACGGCGGAGGAAGAUCAAAACCUUGUCGCUUACAUCAAUGAGCAUGGGGUCUCUGAUUGGCGUUCUCUCCCCAAAAGAGCUGGUUUGCAGAGAUGUGGAAAGAGCUGCAGGUUAAGGUGGCUUAAUUACCUAAGGCCUGGGAUUAAAAGAGGCAAAUUCACUCCUCAGGAAGAAGAGGAGAUCAUCAAACUUCAUGCUGUCCUCGGAAACAGGUGGGCAGCUAUUGCCAAGGAGAUGGAUAAUCGAACAGACAACGACAUCAAGAACCAUUGGAACUCUUGUCUCAAGAAAAGACUGUCGAGGAAAGGAAUUGACCCGAUGACCCACGAGCCUAUCAUCAAUAACCUCACCGUCACGAUCACUAACGAAGAAUGUGGUAGCUCUUCAAUAACUACAUUUUCUCCUACCUCAUCACCUUCCGGCUCGGCUUGUCUCCUGAACAAGCUCGCCACAGGUAUCUCAUCUAGACAUCAUGAUCUCGACAGGAUUAAGAGCAUCUUGCUGGAGCCAAGAAUCGCAAGCAGUGACCAAGAUGAAAAAGAAGAGGUAAAAAGGGAUCACACGAUUGGUGGUGGUGAAGAAGGUGAUGAUUUUCUGAUAUGGGACGAUGAAGAAGUUAGGCGUUUUAUGGAGAGUGACGAAAUGGAGUACGGGACGACGCCGUACGUCUCUCUCUUUUACGAAAGUACUCACGUACUUGAUGACCUCCUCUGACUCCGUUCGGUUGUUAAAAAAUGCAAGUAGCAUUACAAAAUACAAGAUGAAUUUUAGAAAAAUAAGUCGAGUCCAACGAAGACUGUUUCGUUUAGUACUAUUUAACAUGAGAUUUUCCAUGUUUCUGUUAAUGUGACAAGUCACAAGUCACACAACCAACCUAUUCCCAUUAUGUGCUGGAAAAACAUCUCGAAACAUAUAAUCUACAUAAAUAUGUCCUGCGCCAUAUAUA